CGGCAGGAUGGAGGCACCCGGCUGCAGCGGCGGCUGCGAUCGCGGCGCGGACCGGGCUGGGGACGGCGCCCACCCUGACCCCCGGGUCCCCGGCGCCGCGGCGCCCGGCUCUGGUUCCGGCCCGUGCGCGGCCGCUCGGGAGUCGGAGCGCCAGCUGCGCCUUCGCCUCUGCGUCCUCAACGAGAUCCUGGGCACCGAGCGGGACUACGUGGGCACCUUGCGCUUUUUGCAGUCGGCUUUCCUGCAUCGCAUCCGGCAGAAUGUGGCGGACUUAGUGGAGAAGGGCCUCACGGAAGAGAAUGUCAAGAUCCUGUUCUCAAACAUUGAAGACAUCCUGGAGGUCCAUAAGGAUUUUUUGGCUGCCUUGGAGUACUGUUUACACCCAGAGCCUCAGUCUCAGCAUGAACUUGGGAAUGUUUUCUUAAAAUUUAAGGACAAGUUCUGUGUAUAUGAGGAAUAUUGCAGCAACCAUGAGAAGGCCUUGCGGCUGCUUGUGGAACUAAACAAGAUCCCCACUGUGCGUGCUUUCCUUCUGAGUUGCAUGCUUCUAGGAGGACGGAAGACCACGGAUAUCCCUUUGGAGGGCUACCUGCUAUCCCCAAUUCAGAGGAUCUGCAAGUAUCCUCUCCUCCUCAAGGAGCUGGCCAAAAGGACCCCGGGUAAGCACCCAGAUCACCCUGCAGUCCAGAGUGCCCUGCAGGCCAUGAAGACCGUCUGCUCCAACAUCAAUGAAACCAAACGGCAGAUGGAGAAACUAGAGGCUCUGGAACAGCUCCAAUCCCACAUCGAAGGCUGGGAGGGCUCCAACCUCACAGACAUCUGCACUCAGCUACUCCUGCAAGGGACUUUGCUGAAGAUCUCCGCAGGCAACAUCCAAGAGCGGGCCUUCUUCCUUUUUGACAACCUCCUUGUCUAUUGCAAGAGGAAAUCCAGGGUUACUGGAGGCAAGAAAUCUAGCAAAAGGACCAAAUCCAUCAAUGGCUCUCUCUACAUCUUCAGAGGACGAAUCAAUACAGAAGUCAUGGAGGUGGAGAAUGUGGAAGAUGGGACAGCGGAUUACCACAGCAAUGGCUACACUGUCACCAACGGCUGGAAAAUCCACAAUACAGCCAAGAACAAGUGGUUUGUGUGUAUGGCCAAGACGGCAGAGGAGAAACAGAAGUGGCUGGAUGCUAUCAUUCGUGAGAGGGAGCAACGUGAAAGCCUGAAGCUGGGCAUGGAGCGGGACGCUUACGUCAUGAUUGCUGAGAAAGGGGAGAAGCUUUACCACAUGAUGAUGAACAAGAAGGUGAACCUCAUCAAGGACCGCCGGAGAAAGCUGAGCACUGUGCCCAAGUGCUUCCUGGGCAAUGAAUUUGUUGCCUGGCUCCUGGAAAUUGGUGAAAUCAGUAAGACCGAAGAAGGAGUCAACUUGGGCCAAGCUUUGUUGGAGAAUGGUAUUAUCCAUCAUGUCUCUGACAAGCACCAGUUCAAGAAUGAGCAGGUGAUGUACCGCUUCCGCUAUGAUGAUGGCACCUACAAGGCCCGAAGUGAGCUGGAGGACAUCAUGUCUAAGGGUGUGAGGCUUUACUGCCGUCUUCACAGCCUCUACACCCCCGUGAUCAAAGACCGAGAUUACCAUCUGAAGACCUACAAGUCGGUGCUGCCUGGAAGUAAGCUGGUAGACUGGCUGCUGGCACAGGGUGACUGCCAGACACGAGAGGAAGCGGUGGCGCUCGGCGUGGGCCUGUGUAACAAUGGCAUCAUGCACCAUGUGCUGGAGAAGAGCGAAUUCAAAGAUGAGUCCCAGUAUUUUCGCUUCUACGCAGAUGAGGAGAUGGAGGGAACCAGCAGCAAGAAUAAACAACUUCGCAACGACUUUAAGCUGGUGGAGAACAUCCUAGCCAAGUGCCUGUUGAUCCUACCCCAGGAGGAAGACUAUGGUUUUGACAUCGAGGAGAAGAACAAGGCUGUGGUGGUGAAGUCUGUUCAGAGGGGCUCACUGGCUGAGAUGGCUGGCCUGCAGGUGGGGAGGAAGAUCUACUCUAUCAAUGAGGACCUGGUGUUCCUUCGGCCUUUCUCAGAGGUGGAGACCGUCCUCAACCAAUCUUUCUGCUCCCGUCGGCCUCUACGCCUCCUGGUAGCCACCAAAGCGAAAGAGAUUGUCAAGAUCUCUGACCAUCCAGAGUCGCUGUGCUUCCAGAUUCGCGGAGCUGCCCCACCGUACGUCUAUGCUGUGGGCAGAGGCUCUGAGGCCGCGGCUGCAGGCCUGUGUGCUGGCCAGUGUAUCCUGAAGGUCAAUGGCAACAGCGUCAUGGGUGACGGUGCCCCAGAGGUCCUGGAGCAUUUCCAGGCAUUCCGGAGCCACCGAGAAGAGGCCCUGGGCCUGUACCAGUGGGUCUACCACACCCAUGAAGAUGCCCAGGAGGCCCGUGCCAGCCAAGACCCCCCUGGUGAGGACCCCACUGGCGAGAGGGCCCAGGAGGAAGACCAGCCUGACUCAGUCUUCUUCCCCCUGCUGUCCCUGGGUCCCCAGCUGAGCCUGCAUGAGGACAGCCCCAUGGUCAGCCUGACUGUGGACAACGUGCACCUGGAGCACGGCGUGGUGUACGAGUACAUGAGCACAGCAGGCGUCAAGUGCCAUGUGCUGGAGAAGAUUGUGGAGCCCCGUGGCUGCUUUGGCCUCACUGCCAAGAUCCUUGAGACCUUUGCUGCUGAUGACGGUGUCUUCGUGCAAAACUGUGGGCGGCUCAUGGCCCAGAACAACAACAUACGGACCAUGUCCCACUACGAGUUUCGCAACAUUUGUGAUGCCAAGCUGGAGAGUAUUGGCCAGAGGAUCAGAUGCUACCAGGAGUUUGCAGCCCAGCUGAAAAGCAGGGUUAGUCUACCCUUCAAACAAGCACCCCUAGAACCUCACCCCCUGUGUGGCCUAGACUUCUGCCCUACCAAUUGCCACGUCAACCUCAUGGAAGUGUCCUACCCGAAGACCACCCCCUCCAUCGGCAGGUCCUUCAGCAUUCGAUUUGGUCGCAAACCCUCCCUCAUUGGCCUUGACCCAGAGCAAGGCCACCUGAAUCCCAUGUCCUAUACCCAACAUUGCAUCACCACCAUGGCUGCCCCUUCCUGGAAGUGCCUGCCUGCUGCGAGUUGGGACCCCCAGGGCCAGGGUUCCAAAGACGGCAGUUUGGGGCAAGCCAAUGGAGCCUUGGGCUAUGAGGACCGGGGCCUGAGCUUUCUCCUCAAGCAGGAGGACCGUGAGAUCCAGGAUGCCUACCUGCAGCUCUUCACCAAGCUGGAUGUAGCCUUGAAGGAGAUGAAGCAGUAUGUCACCCAGAUCAACAGGUUGCUGUCCACUAUCACGGAGCCCACCACCACAGGGGGGUCCUGUGACCCGCCCUUGCCUGAGGAGGUCUCGUCCCCACCACUGGUCAGUGAGGAGAGUGAGAUGGACCGGAGUGACCAUGGGGGCAUCAAGAAAGUGUGCUUCAAGGUGUCUGAGGAGGAUCAGGAGGACUCGGGCCAUGACACCAUGAGCUACCGAGACUCCUAUAGCGAGUGUAACAGUAAUCGGGACUCGGUCCUCUCCUACACCAGCGUGAGAAGUAACAGCUCUUACCUGGGCAGUGACGAGAUGGGAUCUGGGGACGAGCUGCCAUGUGAUAUGCGUAUCCCAUCAGACAAGCAGGACAAACUACACGGCUGUCUGGAGCAUCUCUUUAACCAGGUGGACUCCAUCCACGCACUCCUCAAGGGGCCAGUGAUGACCAGGGCCUUCGAAGAGACCAAGCACUUCCCCAUGGAGCACAGCUUGCAAGAGUUCAAACAGAAGGAAGAGUGUACAAUGCGUGGCCGGAGCUUGAUCCAGAUCAGCAUCCAGGAGGAUCCCUGGAACCUCCCCAAUUCCAUCAAAACCCUGGUGGACAACAUCCAGAGAUAUGUGGAAGAUGGGAAGAACCAGCUGCUCCUGGCCCUGCUGAAGUGCACAGACAACGAGUUGCAGCUGCGGAGGGAUACCAUCUUCUGUCAGGCGCUGGUGGCCGCCGUGUGCACCUUCUCUGAGCAGCUCCUGGCAGCCCUCAGCUACCGCUACAACAACAAUGGCGAGUACGAGGAGAGCAGCCGAGAUGCCAGCCGCAAGUGGUUGGAGCAGGUGGCAGCCACAGGUGUUCUCCUGCACUGCCAGUCCCUGCUCUCUCCAGCUGUUGUGAAGGAGGAACGGACCAUGCUAGAGGACAUCUGGGUGACUCUUUCAGAGCUGGACAAUGUCACCUUCUCCUUUAAGCAGCUGGAUGAGAACCAUGUGGCCAACACGAACGUUUUCUAUCAUAUUGAGGGCAGCCGGCAGGCAGUGAAGGUCAUCUUCUACCUCGACAGCUACCACUUCUCCAAGCUGCCCUCACGCCUGGAGAGCGGGGCCAGCCUGCGAAUGCACACCGUGCUCUUCACGAAAGCUCUGGAGAACAUGGAGGGGUCACCUCCUCCAGGCAGUCAGGCUGCGGAAGAUCUGCAGCAGGAGAUCAAUGCCCAGUCCCUGGAGAAGGUGAAGCAGUAUUACCGCAAGCUCAGGGCCUUUUACCUGGAACGGUCCAACCUGCCCACAGACACCAGCACCACAGCGGUGAAGAUAGACCAGCUGAUCCGCCCCAUCAAUGCCCUGGAUGAGCUGUGCCGCCUCAUGAAGUCCUUUGUCCACCUCAAGCCUGGUGCCGGAGCCAGUGUGGGCGCCGGCCUCAUUCCCAUCUCCUCUGAGCUGUGUUACCGUCUGGGGGCUUGCCAGAUCGCCAUGUGUGGCACAGGCAUGCAGAGGAGCACCCUGAGUGUCUCCCUGGAGCAGGCGGCCAUCUUGGCGCGGAGCCACGGGCUGCUGCCCAAAUGCAUCAUGCAGGCCACAGACAUCAUGCGGAAGCAGGGCCCCCGGGUGGAGAUUCUGGCCAAAAACCUCCGAGUCAAGGAUCAGAUGCCCCAGGGUGCACCACGGCUCUACCGCCUCUGCCAGCCGCCGGUAGAUGGAGACCUCUGAUUGCCAAGAUGCCCCUGCUCGGUUACAUCAUCGGAGCUGAGAUUUGGGUGGACACAGGGACCAUGCUGGCCUUCUCCAGUGCCGGGCCCAAGUCCUUUGCCCUCACCUGCUCCAGAAUCUACCCAGCCUCCUCCAUCGCCCCCUGCAAGGAUAAGCAAUGAACUAGCUGAUGGGCCCAGGCUGCACCGUCUCUGUCAUCCUUCGAAGCCUGAAGGGCGCCGGGGACCCACAGAGCUGGUGGACACAGCCAGGGUUUGGGUUCCUGCGAGCCCCAGGGACCUGGGCUAGAAGUCCGGCACUGCAGCUGGAGACUGAAAGGCCCUGCUCCCCCAGAGACUGCUCAACUGCACUUUUGAAACCCCUGGUUUCCUUCCACGGCCACAUUCCAGGCAACCAACCUCUUCCUCACCUGAGCUUCCAGGCUACCUGCUAACCCUGUACUAACCUGCUCGGUGGAGCCAGAAUAGCUGGACCCUGGCCAGAGAGCCAAAGGGACGGGGCUGCCACCUGCCCGAGGGAGGGCACAGAUGAAGCCACACCUUUUCUGUCACCACCGCCAUUGGAACUGGAGCCAGUGGCCCUGGCACAAAAUCUGCUCUGACUUUAUUUAUAGGGUGUGAAAUCUCUAGGGUUUACUUUGGGGUUUUUAUGUUGCUCUUGGUGUUUUUUUUUUUUUUUCCUUUCUUUCUCCCCCUCCCCCCUCUUUUUUUCCCUGAGUUGUGUGAUUAUAUAUUUGAUGUUUUAAAUUUCAAAGAAAGAUAUAUUGUUUAACAGGGGACCAACAUAAGAUAGCAUUGACAACUUUUUUUUUUUGCAGUUCUACUAAAAAACAAAGAACUAAAUUAUUGAAAAUUCAGAAAAAUCAGUAUUUCAUCUCUUUUAAUAUUAGGAUCAUAAAGCCUCACUUAUAGGCACUGACUAUAAUAUCGUCUCCUACACCCCUCAGUUUUCCAGGAGUUUGGUCAGUAUUAGUGGUGAAUUAACUGGUUCUCUAGAUGACUGGUGACAAGAAUUUGAAAGGUGGCUGGGGGCUGGCAGGACUUGGAGUCAUCUGCUGAGAGGCUGUCCUGUCCAUCCCACAUAGGUUUUUGGCCUUUAGGUAGAAGGUUUGCUGGGUGGCACCCCCUGCUGGCGACUUUUGUAAUUUAUUUUGCUGCUGUUAGCUCAGGGCAGGACCUUAGGGAUUUCUCAGCCAGCCAGAGAGCAAGAGACCCAGUGCCCACUUGCUGGGCAGAAGGAUCCCCACAGGGAGCCUGCCCUGUGCUGACAGGAGCAGUGUCACUGCCAGGGUGGGUGGGAUGUGGGCUGUGCUUCUACAGUCCCGCGCCUGCUGGGGAGUGGUGGGUGGGAUCCAGGGCAGGUUUCCUCCUGCCCCUGAGGUGGCCUAACAUCCCUCCCUCCCUCCCUCCUGCCUCACACCAGACUUAGGGAGCCAGGCCUGUCCUGGACGUGGACAAACAUGCAGAUACAAAUGAGGCCCCUCUCCAGCCCAGUGGUGGGAUGUGGGCAGGUGCUUUGGGGGCCGGGGCUGCAACGGCUGACUUUGUAAUGUACAGAUUCUUCUCAUUAAAUCCACAAUAGAUUUUUUUUAAUUAAAUGUCAGUUUAUAAUAAUAAUA